UUAUGAAUUGUACAUUAAAUAUAUAUACUGUAUCAUAUAUUGCAUUAUAUUUGUUUCCAGAAUAAAUAUUUGUUUUAGGACGUUUGUAAUUCUGACGACAACGUGACCAAUGUAGAGACAAGCCAAAGUUUAUCCCAAAAACCGGCCUUGAAGCGUCGUUGGAAUAGAAGGAACUACUGUUUAUACUGUGAAAAAUUGUGUACAAAUUUUAGACGACAUUUAUUAAGGAAUCACAAAAAUGAAGCACCUGUGGUAAAAUAUCUCGCUAUAUUAAAAACGGGCAAUGGUAAUGAAAGCAAACUGCUAAGAAGAAAUAUUUUUGAUAACCUGAGAAAUCAAGGAAAUCAUAUGUACAACAAAACAAUCUUAAUGGGAACAACCAUUAAGGUCAAUGAUGGCAUUAAACUUCUACCAUCAAGGCGGGCACCAGUUACCAAAUCACCAUCAAGUGAUGACUUCGUAAUUUGUAAAUUCUGCUGUGUGUUGUUUUCCAAGAAAUCAUUCAGAAAGCAUGUCAAAAAAUGUUUGGAAAAAGAAAAUGAAAAAGAGGAUGUUAUGGAUUCAGACCAAAAUGAACAGGAUGUUGAAAAUGACAUAAUCACUCAAGCGAGAAAAAAAAUAUGUUCAAACUAUGCAAAAACGUAUGGUUUACCAAUUAUGUCAAAUACAGCCAGUGACAGUCUGAUCAAAGACAUAUUACCUCUUGUAAGAAAAGAUGAAGCUGGCAAUAUAGCAAUGAAAGACUCCCUCAUAAUGGACAUUGCCAGUGAUUUCUUUAACAACCAUUUAAACCCCAAAGACAAGUACGUUGUAAGCAGGAAAAUACGGGACGCUGGAAAGCUACUUUUAAAAAUUAAAGAAAAGGAUAAUACAGUGAAAUGUAUUCAAGAUUGUUUACACCCGUGUAAAAUCAAUGUAGUAAUGGAUUCUGUGAAGGAAAUGUGUGGUUUGAAUGGAACGUCGGGUGAUGUGAAAGUUGUUGGGAUGCCAUCACGACUUUCUUGGGUUUUAAAUGAAGGAGCCUCAAGAGCGAUGAAAAAUGUCUUAAAAAACAACUACCUAUCUGAUGAUGAAAAGAGAAAACAAAAAGCAGAUAUUGAUGACUUUAUGAGAGAAAAAAACAAAAGGUGGCGGUGUGAUUUAUCAACUAAUUCUGAAAUCUCUAGGGUUAGGGAGAAAAUGUUACAACCAGAAGUAGUAUCCAGUGAAGUUGACAUGGAAGUCACUCCCUUUACUAAAGAAUCAGAGGAAAGAUUUUUGGCUAAAAAUGGUAUUGUUGGGAGUGCUGUUGUUAAUAUGGAAGGAAUAAUAGAUAACACAAGUGAUGAUAACGUCUGUUUAUUACCAGUUGCAGAUAGAGCCAAAGAAAACACACCUCUUCCGACAAUUGCGACUGCUCAUGAUACAAUAACUAGAUAUAUUAAAAGCCAUGUGAAACAGCGAUGGUCAUCUGAAGAAAAAAGUGUGGUCAUAGAAAGUUUUAAGCAUAAAAUUACUGAACGGAUAAACCCCUCUUUAAAGGAAUGUAGAGAUGUUAUAUCUACAAGUCCCAUUCUGUCAGGACGAUCUGCUAGUCAGAUUAAAACUUUCGUAAAUAACAUAAUUAAGGGAAAAACGACCUUACCUAAGGAAUUUAAACAUUUAUUGUAAAGAAAAGAGUGCCCUGCAUCAAACAAGCUUCACAGUUACCUAUCCGAUCAUCAAGGAACAAUAUCGUCGUCAAGGACACAUUGUCUGGUGCCAGUCCAAGAAGACGUUGAACCUAGCACUUCUCGGCACACCAUGUCUUUUAUUAACUGAAUAGACUUGACCUGAUGUACAUUUCUUAUUGUAUUCUGGCUUCGGACAACAAGUAUGGUACUAAUUGAUGGCUGCAAGCGGGUCAACCUGUACUAAGGAAUGGAAUUCCAUGGAGUCAGCAAACUUAAUUACCUUUGUUCGAAAUGAAAGAUGAAGAAAAGGAUGAAGGAUGUAAGUGAAUGAAGACUUUUAACUGUGUAUAAGUUCUGCUUCUUCUCAUCAGUAGUACAGGGUCUCGGAAGAAGCAUUGCAUGUUAUAUGUAGAAUUUUGUGUAUACACACAAACAUUAAGUUGCACAUAAUUUGAUACAUAUUAAUAAAUAUAAAAUCCUGAAAAUACUGUAUUUGGUAACCAUUUAGGUUUUUAGUACUAGGUACAAAAUAACUCAAACAUUAUCAUAUUAUUCGUACAUUUCAUAAAACAUUGGCUAAAAAACUAAAAUAGUAAUUAUUUUUAAUAUAGUUAAUUCCAUAUUUGAGCCAUGAGUUAAGAGGUGACACAAGAAAUUAUCAUUAAAAAAGUAUCUUUAAAAUCCAUUAUUUUAUUGAUCAGGGCUCCACUUGGGAGACGUAACAUUUGUAGCUGUGUUUACUGAAAACAAUUUUUAAGUAAACUUUUGGUAACUUCAUAUGACUUAAUCUGUAUCCAUUGUUCAAAAUCUCAAAAUAAGAUAAUUUUUGCAGAUUUUUCUGUAUCAUUGUAUUCACAAUCCAAAGAUAAAAGUCGAAAAAAAAUUACCUAUAAAGCGCGAAAUACGCAAGUUUUCAGCCCAAAACAUGAGUGAAUUUAAUAGGCUCCUAAAAAAUGAAGCUUGGGAGAAUGUUUACAUGGCCUCUGUUGAAAAAAAUAUGACGAGUUUCAUAAUACUUUACAAUAUUAUUUUGAUAUUUCUUUUCCUAAAACCUUAGUUACUGAAAAAAUUUGUAAACAAAAUUAGAUUUCAGAAGAUCUUAAAAAUGACAAAAAAGAACUUAUACAAUUGGCUAAAAAAACUAGAGGAAAGACAAAUGCUCUUUUAAAUAAAGACUUGAAACAAAGAAAAUGUGAGUAUAAAAUAAAAUUAACACAAGCUAUAACCGAUUAUUUUGAAAAUAAAAUAGAAAAAUCUACAAAUAUACAAAAAACAGUGUGGGCACUUAUUAACUCUGAAGUUGGGCAAAAAAAUCAGAAUGAAAUUAAAAAAAUCUCCUUGCAAGAGGGAAAUAAAAGUUGGUAUAGUCCUAAAACUGUAUCUAAUGUAUUUAAUAAAUACUUUGUACAUGUAGUUCAGGAGAUCGGUGAAUUUAAUUGUCAAAAUACGGAAGUUAGCGAAAAGGAACAAGCACAAUGUAUUAGAAAAGGUUUUAACUUUAAAUUUGUUGAUGCAGAGGAGGUGGAAAAAAACCAUAAACUCAAUAAAGAACAAAAACUCUGCCGGAUAUGAUGAAAUCCCUAUAAAAGUGAUCAAAAAUACCAAACAGUAUUUAAUCCAAAUUUUAAGCCACUUAAUAAAUUCAUUAUUUGUUUCAGGUAUUUUCCCAAAUCAGCUUAAAAGAUCAAAAAUCAUACCAAUCCAUAAGAAAAACUGUCCAGAAACUGUGUCAAACUAUCGCCCAAUUUCCCUUCUUCUGAUAAUUUCAAAAAUUUAUGAGAAAAUAGUUAACAAACAAUUAAUAACAUACCUAGAGGAUUCUAAAUUGCAAACUAAUAUUCAGCACGGUUUUAGACCACAAAAAUCAGUAAUAACCGCUGUUGUCUCUUUUGUUGAGUCUAUAAUCGAAUCAGUAGACAAAGGUGAAUAUACAGCAGGAAUCUUUAUGGACCUAUCUAAGGCAUUCGAUAGUGUAAGCCAUUCUCACCUGACAACUAAAUUACCAAUCAUUAGGAAUACAAAAAAAUGCAAUUAAGUGGUUUCAAUCGUACAUUUGAAAUAGAUGCCAAUUUGUAGAAAUUACCCAUAGAACGCAUGAAAAUAGAGUCUUAAAGGUUUCUUCAGAAACUGAAAUGAUUAGAUAUGGUGUCCCUCAGGGAUCGAUUUUGGGUCCUCUUCUGUUCCUAUGCUAUAUAAAUGAUGUAGGGAGCGCACUCACACGUGCACCCCAAAAUAAUCUGUGUCUUUAUGCAGAUGACUCAAAUCUUAAAGUAGCAGCCAAUACUGUUGAACAGGUUGAGAUAAUAAGUUUCAUUGAAUUAGAAAAUAUUGGAACUUUCUUUAAGCAGCACAACUUAAUGUUAAAUGCUCAAAAAACUAACAUUGUAAGAUUUAAAACACACAACAACAAACAUAUAUCCGAACCAUUAAUUACGUACAAUUCAGAAGAAAUUGAGAGUAAAAGAAGCACAAAAUUUCUCGGCCUAACAAUAGAUCAACAUUUAAGCUGGGACAAACAUGUGGAUAAAAUAUUAUCAAAAUUAAGCUCUGCGAUAUUUUCUCUUUAUAGGAUGUCGUUUUUUUGUAACCAAAAAACACUAAGAAAUAUAUAUUUUGCAAAUUUCCACUCUCAUUUAUCUUUUGGAAUAUGUCUCUUUGGUGCAACGACAAAAACAAAUAUGGAUAAAAUUCUUAAACUACAAAAAAGGGCAAUUAGAAUUAUAUUGAGACUAGAUUACAAUGAAACAGUAAAGGAGAAAUUUAAAGAAUUACAAAUCCUAACAAUAUAUGGCCAAUAUAUUUUUGACACGAUUCUAAUUGCAAAAAAUAAUCAAAUAAGUAAUGAAUUAAAUCUUGAACCUCAUCCAUACAACACCAGACACAAAAAAUAUAUUGUAACAACUCAUCACAGUUUAAAGUAUUAUGAGAAAAAACCAUCAUACAUGGGGCUGAAAUUUUUUAAACAUCUACCCACUAGUAUAAAAGAUUUAACUAAUCUGAGAAUAUUCAAAAACACAGUUAAAUGUUUUUUGAUAAACAAGGCAUUGUAUUCUUUGGAGGAGUACUUUUCCACCUCCUCGUAGAUUUAGAUGUACUUGUAUUAGUAGUUUUAAGAUGUACAGACUGUGUGUCUUUGGACACUAUUCAAUUGUAUACUUAGUGUAUAUAUCUGAUGAAUAAAGAUUUUUUUGAUUUGA